ACAGUGAAGCAUAUCUGCGAACGUUUCAGCGUUUGGAGUUGUUUUGAGAAAAAAGAACCCUUAUUUUUAUACAACCGCAUUUCUACCGAUAACUGUGACAACCGUUCAGCCAGUAAACUAGUUUACAGAUUUCCCCCCUGCACAUACAUUCGAAGAUAAAAUGGAGAGGGACUCAACCGGUACUGCAGAAAAGACCGAGCCGGCUUCGCCUUUGGGGAAAAAUAUGAAUCAAGACACCUGCGCAGCUAAUUCCAACUGCGCCCUGGAUGAGACGUGCGGUACUACCGAUGUCGCAAAGGCCAGGUGGACUCUCCUCAGACAGGUGUUGCGUCAGAAGCAGGCGGACACUCCGGAGGUCAAACAGGUGUCUGUCCGCAGGUUCGCAACAUUUGACCUUUUCAGCAGAAAAAGGCUUCUGACACAAGACUCCAGCGAUAACUCCGAUGACCAGUGGGUGGAGUACAGAAGUGUCUACUUUCCCGAAUACAGCUCCUUGCUCAGGGAUAACCUUGGGCCCAUCCGAGUCAAUGAAGUGCUCAACAGCUUUGACAACACCGGUAAUGUCUGUGUGUGGCCGUCCGAGGAGGUGAUGGCUCAUUACUGUCUGCAGAAACACCACAUGUUCAAGGGUGCAGUGUGUGAGUUGGGAGGAGGUAUGACGUGUCUCGCUGGGCUCAUGGUUGCCAUUUGUGCUGACGUGAGGGAAGUUCUGCUAUCUGAUGGGAACGAGAAGUCCAUUCAGAAUGUUCGACGGCUGGCCGAAAGAAACAGGCGGGCUGGAAAGUUCGGGUCGACGCAGGUAUCUGCGAGGGUGCUGAGGUGGGACUCUGAUUCAGACAUUUCGGCACUGGAGGGUCACUUCGACAUUGUCAUGUGUGCAGACUGUUUGUUUCUCGACCAGUACAGAGCCAGCCUGGUCGAUGCUAUAAGGAGAUUACUGCGACCCAAUGGCAUGGCGGUGGUGUUUGCCCCACUGCGGGGGGAAACGCUGAGACUGUUUUGUCAACUGGCCCAGCAGGCCGGACUCUGUGCCUCUCAACACCAGCAGUACGACGCUCAGGUCUGGGAUGUUCACCUGAAGAUGCAGACCGAGGGAAAAGACGCAUACGAUGAGAACAUCCACUAUCCUCUCCUCAUCACCUUGACCAAAGGACCUCAACCUGUCAGCCACACUCAGUAACCCCCCCCCCCCC